UGCUUCAAUGUUCAGAGAACUCUUCUCUCACCAGAGGUAGAAAAUGUUUGGCUGAAGAUCGGGAAAUGUCGGAAGAUGUUUCCACAGAAAGGGACCAUACCUGUGCUGGAUGCUCGCAGAAUAUUGACGAAGAAUCGUACGUGGAGGCAUUGAAUUAUGACUGGCACCCUCACUGUUUCAGGUGUUCAAAGUGUAACAGGUGUCUGUCCAGCUGGUAUUUUGAGAGGAAUGGCAGACUAUACUGCAAACAGGACUACUGGACCCUGUUUGGGGAUGCUUGCAACAAGUGUACAGAGACAAUCACCGGCCCCGUCAUGGUUGCAGGGGAGCAUAAGUAUCACCCAGAAUGUUUUGUAUGCUUCAACUGUGGGAGCUUUAUUGGAGAUGGGGAGACUUACGCACUGGUGGAACGAUCCAAGUUGUUCUGUGGGAAGUGCUACAAAGCUGUGAUGUCACCCCUGGGGGAAAGUCCAGGGAGGAGGAAGACCCACUGUAUUCAGUUGGUAGAGAUUCCCCCUACCCCCAAGGCAGAAAGUCAUGGCCUACAGUACUCGGUGGAGAAACGCAUGUCCAGCCUCAGUCCCCGGGCCAGGGAGAGUCUGUCUGUAUCACCUAUGAUAAAAAUCACAGAUCUGGACCAGAGCCCUGAGUUGGAAUCCCUACAGAUAGGUGAUAGGAUUCUAGAAGUAAACGGUCUCAGUGUCCGUGACAGUUCCCUGGAGGAGAUUGAUGCGGUUCUGCAGCAUACAAAAGAGGUGCUCCACCUGACUGUGGAGAGAGAACCCUCUUCUCUAAUGAGACAGAGCUCUUCUGACAACUCUACAUGCUCCCCAUCGGACAGUUCUUCCCCCUCACCAACGUCUCCAGCCUCCCCACAGUUCAUCAGCGUAAAUGGGGUCAAUGUUCAGCGUCGCCCAAAGUCACGUCUUAAUGCCAAAAAUUUGAGUCCCUCUCGCAGACGAAGUAAGUCGCCAUCUCCAAUCCCUCCAAGUCGCCAAAAAAGUGUAGACUUAUCACGUGCUAGCUCUCUACGACAACAGCCACAGACCCAUCGUGUGUUCCGGGCAUCUGACCUCAUUCAUGGUGAAGUGCUUGGCAAGGGCUUCUUUGGACAGGCUGUCAAGGUCACACACAAACUCACUGGAGAGGUCAUGGUGCUAAAGGAGAUGUGUCGCUUUGAUGAGGAGACACAGAAGACCUUCCUCAAAGAGGUAUCGGUGCUAAGAAGUCUUGACCAUCCGAAUGUGCUGCAGUUCUUAGGGGUUUUGUACAAGGAGAAGAAACUCAACCUUAUUACAGAAUUUAUAGCUGGUGGAACGCUAAAAGAAUUAUUGCAGGAUAUGUCUAAGGCCCUAUCCUGGACGAAGCGAAUCAACAUCACUAAAGACAUCUCAAAUGGCAUGGCAUAUUUACACAAGAUGGACAUCAUUCACAGAGACCUCAACUCCAGUAACUGUUUUGUCAAACAGGACUUGACGAUAGUAGUGGCCGACUUCGGACUGGCACGGGUUAUUCCCGCCGAGAGGUACCGUCGGCCAGACACGAGUGCCACCAAACUCACACGGAGUGCAGCCAAGAGACGUUUCCAGAGGAAGAAGAGGUACACAGUGGUUGGAAAUCCUUACUGGAUGGCACCAGAGAUGUUGACAGGCAAAUCUUACGAUGAGAAGGUUGACCUGUUCUCUUUUGGAAUUGUCAUGUGUGAGGUGAUUGGCAGAGUAUUUGCUGAUCCUGACUACCUGCCAAGAACUCUAGACUUUGGUUUGAAUGCUGAAGCGUUUUAUGGAAAGUUUUGUACUGACAGUAGUUGCCCUUCGGCCUUCUUCAAGGUGGCCAUCAUGUGUUGUCAAAUGACUCCUGAUAACAGACCGAGUUUUGAGAUGGUGACCAUGUGGUUUGAUAGCCUUAUGUUCCACCUGGAGCACCAAGGAGCCUUACCUGCUAAUCUGAAGGGCGACCCCAUACAGUACUACUUCUCUCUCAAAGACACCCUCCACUCAAAACAACAGGACAAACAAAUCUCCUCCUGUCCAGAUUCUGGCAAACCUCGGAGUCGGCGAUCAAGUCUCCACAUCAUCAAGGAAAAGACGGUAGAUAAGGCACCAUCUAUUGAGGCUGAGGACAAGACCAAAAGUUGUGUAAAGUGUGGGGCUGAGAACAAAACCAAUAUGUGUAUAAAAUGUCAAGACAAAGAGCAGACUCUUAUCACAGAGGAUGUUGAUAAACCAACAAAUUCUUGUGAAAAGUGUCGAAAAAUAUGGAAAUCUCAGACUAAGGGGGAUAACUGUGAAAACUGCCAAUCUUUGAAACAUGAAAUUUGUGCUGAAAAGGACAUACAAAAAUGUACAUUGACUGGAAAUAUGUGUGAUUUAAUAUCAGGACAGGGGAGUGAAACAACAGAAGAUAAGUCAAUUCACAAUAAUUCAGUUUGUAGUUUUGGACAAGUCACAAAUGAUACAAAAGAUGACAGUUCUACACUGAGUUCGGGACCACUAGACUCAAAUUUGAAUGGUGUCUAUCGUACAAUGUCAUGUGAAGGGGAGAACAAAUCUGUGAUGUUAGACACUGAAACGUCAUUUGGUGCUUCAAACCGCCAUAGUAGAAGUUCAACUCCAGAUGAGCCACGCUGUAAAAAACCUGCUAACGAUUAUGUCAAAGAGAACAAGUCAUCAGAAAAUGACUCUAACUUGCCAAAGGAUAACACAAGUAAAUCCUCCGAACCUGUCCAUUAUUCCUCCCUAAAUGACCUUGAAGCUGUGACUUAUCUACAGGGGGUAAACCAUUCUCCAUCGUUUGUCAGUUCAUGUACAGUAACACUAUCAGUUCCCCAUGCUCCCGUGAUGGUGAACAAUAGCAUUGUUUUCCCAGGGGAGAGUGACGAACAGGAGCUCACUCAGAAUGAGAAGUCGCCAAGUCUCAACAGUAAACCAUUUCCACAUUGUGAUCAAGGUUCAUAUUCCUCAACAAAACAGGACAAGCCUAACUGUAGCCCUGACUCACCCACGGAAUCUUACUCUCGUAGGAUGUUGUUCUCAUCACCUGAUAAUUCAGCCAAUCAUACGGACUCUUUCAGUGUACUGCCACACAGCUGUUCAUCUUCUGACGACAGAACUGCCUCAUUUUCACUUGGCGUACACCCCAUAGAUAAUGAUGCUAGUAGCAGCUUUUACGAGAGUGGGCAAGCAGAAGAUAGCCUAUCUGAUGAAAGCUUGUUAGAUUUCACGUCUGCAGUUUAGCCGUGUGUAAAUGUAUCUAAAACAGAUCAUGUGUACAGAAAUAAAUCAAUGCCAAACCGUUGAGUCUUUGAUACGUUCAGUAGUCGUCCACUUCAUAUAUUUGACACAGUGAUAAAUACAAUCACUUCUGCUCAAAAUUAAAUGAACAGCCAAACGUUUUGUGUAUUAAGAAUUCUCGUACCACUGGCAGAAAAUUUAAUUGAGCAAUGGACAUUGAUGAAUCAUUUCUAAAACAGAAAACCGUACCGUGUAGGACUAAAAAGGCAGAAAAAAAGAUGCAUAAGCAAAAUGUAAUUAAAACCUGUUUCCUGAAUGUAAAAGUGCAUAGGGGCUAGAUUGGGAUUUGAACCCCGGACUUUGGAUUGUAUACUAUCUCUCUAACCGACUGAGCAAACAGAAGUCAGCUGGUCCAUUGGGCUACAGUUAUAGCCAAAACGGAAUCAAGGGGAGGUUACUGUAUAUAUAAAAACCCACAGUGCAGUGGGACAGGGAUACUUACCAUAGAUUUGGCAAUGUCUUGAGAGAUACCCUUUAAUACCAAGUAUAUUAUUUUAAACAUCUUUUAUGUAAGAUAUUUCUGUAAAUUUAUAGAUUAUAACUGUAUGUAGCGAGGAAUUCUGAUGCAGGGAGGAGUGAACAUAAAUGAUGCAAUGUAUGAUUGUACACUAUUUUGAUUGUAUAAUAUUUUGAUUGUACACUAUUUUGAUUGUAUAAUAUUUUG